GUAGUUCUCUACGAUGUGUACUCGGUCGACAGCUUCGCUGCAUGCUGUGUUGCUCGCAAAUUCUUGGGACUCGGUGUGCACUAUGAAGGAGUCACACGUGGGUCUUGCGUCCAGCACUUGAGCCUGGAUGCUGAAGGAUUGGAUGGAAAGGCGGUCGCACUGCUGGGAUUGUGCUGGAAAGUGGUGGACAUUCUAGACCUGAUGCAUGCAACGUCCUGCUUGGCUACAGGCAGAGUUAGAACAUUCCGCAGCAGGUCGUCUUGCGAGCCGCUACCCGGGAAGAACUUGCAAACAGAGGAGGAUGAGACGCUCAGAUGCACGGAUCUUUUUGUCUCUUCUGGAGUCCUGGUGGCAACCACUCGUGAUCGUCUACGAGAGGAGCAUGAGCUCCAAGUGAACAAUUUGAGCAGCAAGAUCGGUGAGUUGCAAAAGCGACUCGACACCUCAGGGCCUUCCAGGCAUGAGGAUGAGGGCCAAACAGGCACCAAUUCCGUCGAGCUGGGCCUGGAAGAAGACAAAGACAAAGCUGAAGGCGAUGGCAUGCACGCCCUGAGAAGCGGUGGAGGAGGAUCGCCGAAGCUACAGCGGAAGCAAACCAAUUCGCAGUUCACCCACCUGGGCAUCCACACCCAUACAGAUGGAUGGCGAGACGCCCCUGGCAACUUCUUUCAUCGCUACCGCGGCUUUGUGUCAAGCGCCCUGUUCGAGACUUCUUUUGCCAGCUUGAUCGUGUUCAACGCACUGGUCAUGGCUGCUGACGUUCAAGUCAUAGGUAUCGACAUUGGAGCAGACCUUGCGUAUGCGGCGUAUAUGCCAACAUCUCUGACUGCACCAUGGGCACGGCCCAUGUUUGAGUAUUUUGAGUGGUUCUUUGGCAUUGCAUUCACAGUUGAGAUAGUAAUGAAGUUCACUGCAUUCGGCCUGGACUUCGUGAAAGACCUCUGGAACUGGAUAGACACAUUCAUUGCAUCUUGGCCUGGAAGAAAGCUCGAAAUUAUAUGUCUGGAAUGA